UGCAGUAAGUAACGACAAGCGCAGGCAGAAGCAGUUUUGGCUUUUGAGUGUGCACUAGUCUCAGCUCUCCUCAUUCGUGGCGGUUGUUCGAUGGAUUCGUCGCUCCAUACAAAAAUCAAACUGCCAUAUGUUGAAUUAGGCAUAUGCCUGCCGCCGCCUUCAUUUCCCCUUCUCGUUUGCCUACUUAUUACUUAUUGCAUCUUUUGCUUCACUCCACCUUAUCUGUUUCCUCUCUGUUAGGUGACCCUACGUUUAUAUUCGUCAAUUCUGGUUUCUGAUUCUUACUUUUCCCAAUAAGAACGAUUGUUCAAGCGUUAAUUUUGCUCUCGGCAUGCGCUGCUGCAUAUCCACGAUUGUUAAAUGGCAUUCCAGUUUGAGGAAUUUCUGCUCUUGAAAUUUUGCUUUAUCAGCAUUCAAGGCUACACUAUGAAUCAAAUCGGUGAAGAGAAGUAAUCCAUUUGAACUGGCUGAUUUUGAAUGAUAAGGUGUUCACAUGUUUUACUGUAGCUCUAUCUGAUAUCAAUUCAUCUUUCUGUACGUUGUCAAAUGUCAAUGUAUUAAAGCACCAAGAUCACCUUAAGGUCGAAGAAGGUGGAGUCAAGGAUAUCAUGCUUGCUUUCCACUGACAGCUUAAAAAAGGAGUAUAUAUAUAUAUAUUUUAAAAAUUUCCUGUGAUUUGAAUGCGAAGAGUUUUAUUUGAUUUUCUUUUUCCAUUUUUACUAAUGUUCUAAUGCUAUUAAGUUUACACAUCAUGGCUGGCUGUUUCGGUUGUAGGUUUCUACUUUACUGCAUUUCCAGUAACCAAGUGCUGGACUAUUGUUUUCUACCAGUGAUCAAAUUUUAUUUCAGGCGAACAGUACUAUCAUAUCUCACAUUCCGCAAAAUAGCAGUGAUGGACCAACUUCAACAAGACAAAUUAAUGAUGAAACCAUUUCAAAGAUGUAUCGUGCUUCACGUGAAAAGUUUCCAGUAGAUGAACCUGUUUCCAACAUGCUUGUUGAUUCGUUUGGGAGGAAACAUACUUAUUUGAGAAUCUCAUUAACAGAACGUUGUAAUUUGCGAUGCCAGUACUGUAUGCCUGCUGAAGGUGCAGAGCUAACUGCCAGCCCUCAACUUCUUUCACAGAAUGAGAUUAUUCGCCUAGCAAAUAUAUUUGUCAGUUCAGGUGUCAAUAAAAUUCGUCUGACUGGUGGGGAGCCCACGGUUAGGAAGGACAUUGAUGAUAUUUGCCUACAGCUUUCAAACUUGAAAGGGCUCAAAACACUUGCUAUGACCACUAACGGAAUCACACUAGCGAAGAAACUUCCAAGAUUGAAGGAAUGUGGGCUUAGUCUGCUAAACAUAAGUUUAGACACAUUGGUUCCAGCUAAGUUUGAAUUUAUGACUCGGCGGAAAGGACAUGACAGAGUGUUGAACUCCAUCGAUGCUGCUAUAGAGUUGGGAUAUAGUCCUGUCAAAGUAAACUGUGUUGUAAUGCGCGGUUUCAAUGAUGAUGAAAUAUGUGAUUUUGUUGAAUUGACGCGUGAAAAGCCAAUAAACGUAAGGUUUAUUGAGUUCAUGCCUUUCGAUGGGAAUGUCUGGAAUUCAAAGAAACUAGUACCUUACUCUGAGAUGAUGGAUAUUUUGGUAAGGUCAGGCAAAGAACUCCAGAGAAUUCAGGAUCACCCCACCGAGACAGCCAAGAAUUUCAGGAUUGACGGGCAUCAGGGUACAGUUUCUUUCAUAACAUCAAUGACUGAGCAUUUUUGUUCUGGUUGCAACAGACUGAGACUGUUAGCUGAUGGGAACUUUAAAGUUUGCCUCUUUGGUCCGUCAGAGGUUAGCUUGAGGGACCCCAUGCGCCAUGGUGCUGAUGAUAGUGAACUUGAGGAGAUUAUAGGAGCAGCGAUAAAAAGAAAGAAAGCAGCUCAUGCUGGGAUGUUCGACCUUGCGAAGACUCCAAACAGACCAAUGGUACAUAUUGGCGGCUAGAAAUCAUCAUGACAUGUGCCUUAUUCUGUAUGUUACUUCCAUCAGUCUAACUUGCUCGCUGGAAACUGCAUGGAGAAAUUACAUCUCCCUCGAAGUUCGACCACACGCUGAAGAAAAAGAUGCGUAUACCGUAUACAAGAGAUCUCUGUAGAAAGACAUGGUUAAUUUUGAUAUAAAUUAUUACUACUACCUUAUAGUUACUGUAAAAGGUUCUAUAAAAAUUAUUUUCCUGUUUCAUGUAUUCUGGAUAAUGUAAUUUCCAAUUUUCUAUACGUUUCUUGUAAGGCCA